AUGCUGUCAGGUAAUACUGACAUACUGUCCGAUGCUGCCUUCUUUGAGGAGGCAGCAGACUUCUUCGAUAACUGCUUCCCACCCUCCAGUUCCCUGUUCAGCAGUAUCGAAGAAAGCGAAUCAAGUGCAGCCGCUGACAUGCUAACGAUUCUAGACCCCUGCGAUGAAGUAUCCAAUAGUUCAUCCCCCACAAAUCCUCCACCUAGCAACACCACUGCCGACGAGCGCGAUCUCGCCGUCAUUGCGUUGAACAUGCACCGUGAAAAAGAAAAACUUCGCCGACGGAAGCAACGCCAACGCAUUAAAGAUGAACUCGACAAACUGCGACGAGCGCAUGGUGAAUUGGACGAUCAGCUGAAGAUGCUGAAGCUUGCGAAAGAAGCGAAGCGUAAUCCUAGUCAACACUGGUCGAUUUGGAAAGAAUUAGCCCUUGUGCAGCGAAAGGAACGACACAGAUCAGAGACCGAGAAGAGAAGACUCACCACGACCGCAAAAACUCAAGAGAUAUACAUUGACAAUCUUCAUGGACUGCUUCAAUUACAGCAAAACAGUGCUACACUGGAGAGUGCCUGGACCUCUGUGAUCAAAGACUCAACAGACCAUCGACUCGAAUCGGCCGAUAUAUCUAUGUUUGCAUCGCUACUGCAAAAGAUUGAGUCGUGCCGUGUCAAAAUGGACGACAUUCUGAAUGGAUGUGGUCUGUUGGUGAUGCCUACGGGAGUCGAAAACUCAAUGCAUUGGUGUGAUGAGAGUGGUGAAUUGAAGUACCAUCAGAAUUUGCACAAGUUUACUCUUCCUUUCGAUCUGGAGACAAGUCAAUGGAGCUGUUGGGAACCUUUCAAGUACAGGCAGCGCCAGUGCGACCGCGAAGAUUACGAUGGAAUUGAAGAUUCUGAAAACACGGUAGCCCUGAAAUUCCGUGUGAUUCGAACGAUGGCAUCCGGCAGCACUGUUUCCGUCGUGCAGUGGCUUGUUGCUCGUCGGUUCAUUGAUCACAAUCGAGUUUCGUAUAUUUGGAAAGCGUACACGGAAGGCGAAAGGGAUUUUUCGUGGGAUGCAUUCGAACCAAACAGGAUGGGGUUCUCUUCGGCCGCUGCCAGACGGGUCUGGAACGUUAGGUGA